ACUAGAUUAGGUUAGGCUAGGAUAUCUGGUCGGCAUAUAGCCGAGUUGGUCCCAAGGGCCUGUUUCAGUGCUGUAAUUUCUAUGACUCACUGGCACAGACAUACAGAAUGAACAAUCCCUUUACUCGAGCCAUAAGGUCGGAGUGAGACCCACGCUUGUAGCGGUGGUACAUUUCCUCCUUUGUUCUAAUCCAGAAGCAGUUCAGAAAUUCUAGAAAACCAGGAUAAGAGCAAUGGGCCUCACUUUUAUUUAAGCCGUUAGGGUUUGGAAAGACACGUCUCCGGGUGGAGUACCAGAGCGGAAUAAAUGGUUUUCUGUACAGUCCACACCAUUCCUACCCGCAAUAAGAAAGAACUGCAAGAGUGACUUUCCUGGCUGUCCAGAUUUUCUUCACAGCACUUCUCUACAGGCUUGAAAGUAGAAAACAGGAAGGCGAAGUCCCGGCUCUGUCUUUUUACUUUUACUUUCACUUUCUCAGGGACUCACUCCAGUCACCGGGGUAUCACAUUUCUUGGGAGUCGGCUCAAACAGAAAGCACCAGCCUAUCACAGCCCACCCUCUGGAGCCCACACUGUAGACUGGAGUCCUUCUGACUGUGUAGGUGUCUCCUGACCUCCCGUCUUCGGCCUGUUUGUAAAGUCUGAUGCCACCCAAAGGCAACAUGAGAAAGAAGCUUCCUGAUCCUCUCCCUGAGGGCUUUAUCCUUGUGGAUUUUGAAAAGAAACACUGGAAACUUGGGAAAGUUAUUGGUAAUGGUGGAUUUGGGCUGAUACACUUGGCUUCUCCUGCGACAGAAGACAAUGUUGGUGAUGAUGCCAUGUAUGUCGUUAAAAUAGAGCACCAGGAUAAUGGGCCCUUGUUCACAGAGCUGAAAUUUUAUCAGAGAGUGGCGAAAUCUGAGCACAUAAAGAAAUGGAUGAAGGAUCACCAGUUGAGUUUCUUAGGCAUACCUGCUUAUUGGGGAUCAGGAUUGGUUGAACACAAUGGGAAAAGCUAUCGGUUCAUGGUAUUAGACAGACUUGGUGUAGAUUUGCAAAAAGUGCUGGAAGCAAGUGGAAACCGAUUGAGUAAAACAACUGUUUUGCUGAUAGGCAGUCGACUGCUUGAGAUUUUGGAGUUUAUUCAUGAACACGAAUACAUCCAUGGUGAUAUCAAGUCAGCAAACUUACUUCUAGGCUUCAGAAAUCACAAAGAGAUUUAUCUAGCAGAUUAUGGUCUGGCGUUCCGAUAUCAUCCUAAUGGAGCUCACAAGCAGUAUAAGGAGGAUCCGAAGAAAGGUCACAAUGGGACGAUUGAAUUUACCAGUAUCGAUGCUCACAAAGGUGUAGCUCCAUCCAGACGAGGUGACCUGGAAAUCCUCGGCUACUGCAUGCUACAGUGGCUGUGUGGGAAGCUACCCUGGGAGCAGAGCUUGAAGGAUCCUGUAGCAGUUCAAGAAGCUAAAAUCAAAUUUAUGGAAAACCUUCCUACCUCUGUGCACCAUUGUUUUCCCUCUGGAUUUGAAAGCAGUGAAAUAAUCAACUAUUUCUGUUAUGUGAGCACUCUGAAGUAUGAAGAAAAGCCACAAUAUCAGAAACUACGCAAAAUCUUAUUGAACAGCCGAUAUAAGUGCAUGGAUUCUCAGUUUCUAUUUGAUACGGAAAAUUUUAAGAACGUACCUUCAAAUCACAAAAUUCAAAAUGCAGCUGUAACAAGACACAAAACAAGACGACAAACUCAACACGAACCAAAAUCGACAAAAGAGAAAAGUAGCACACUGCGUAAUGUCGAACAUGCAGCUUCACUGAAGCUAAGGGAUAGAAAAGCAGAGGUCACAAUGACUGUACAAAACAAACCAAAAAUGACUGGUUUAUUUGAAUCUUCAAUAUCACCUCAGGUCAAGGUUAGGAAACCAGAGGUCACAAUGACUGUUCAGAAUAAAGCUAGAAUAAUUGGUCCAACUGAACUUCCAAGAGGUCCUCAGCUUACUUACAGUAAACCAGAGGUCACAAUGACUGUUCAGAAGGAAACAAGAGUGACUGAGCCAACAGUACCUUCCAUCAUGUUCCAGGAUCAAAUCCGAAUAAAAUCAGAUGUCUUACUAUAUGGUUUUGCGGUUCUUGUCUUGAUAGUUUCGAUUAUCCUAGUAAUCAUGUUUUUUUAAGUACUGUACAAUUUAUCAGAGCCGUCACUCUUUCUGUGCUGUGUAAUAAGUUAACUUUUCAGACAGUUUAACAGUCUCUUUUGCAUAAAGCUAUUGAAUAGACAGACUAAAUUUAGCACUAUUAAGAACACUCUACAUCAUCAGUUUAUUUAUGGCGACAGAAUAAAUCUGAUUCAGCUUUUGUUACAUGGGAUUUUGAAAUUCUUUUUAUCACAAGAAUUGUAUUAACUAUUUGCAGUUAUGACAAAUUAGUGUAUGCAAUCACAGCAUUCAUUAAAUCAAGUUUAUAAGCUGCCAGAUAUACAAGGUUAAUCUUCUUACAAUUAGGAGUAGAUCAAUAAAUUUCUUAACAUGGUUGUCAACUUCAGAAACUAGACAUCUUGUUAACAAAUAUUCAUAUGAAGAAUCUUCACACAACCGUGGUUAGGAUUUCUUGAUAGUCAUCUUUACUGUAAUUGGCUAAAGAAAGGGGAAGAAAAAUUAAGAAUGGAAACUUUCCUGCAUUAUUUUGUUACUGUUUACCACAAAACAAUGUGAUAAUGAUGUCAUCUUUAAGGACUGGUGAUUUGUUGUAUAACAAACUACUUGAUUUCUUUAGGUAAAAUAAUUUGAGAACUCAGGAUAAAACAAGUCCUUAAUGUUAUGCCAAAGAAAUCUUCUUGUUCAUAAUGUAUUGAUAAAUGGCUAACUUGUGAAAUAAGAAAUUUAAACACUGAAUGCAGUCUAUUUAUUUGCUUAUUGUUUGAUUAACUAGCCAAUAGCAUUCUACAGUCACAACAUCUUCUUUCCAAGUAAACUUCAAAUUAUUUCAAAAAUUUGUAUAACUUCUAAAGCACUGUUCUUUCAAAAGUUACCAAAUUAAAAUAUAAUUAAUAAAGGAGCAAGCAAGAUCAUACUAUGUUACACAGAUGUAAAUCAUUUGAGGAAGCACUGAUAAUUUGACAGUGAAGGUACUAUUUGUACUUAAAUUAUUUGGAUUUGGUGGAAAAGACUAGGUUAUAAAAUGCUUUGCACUGUUAUAAAAAAGCAAGAAGUGUUUAAAAGCAACCAAAAAGCUAUAUCAUUUAACUUGAGCACAAGUCUCAACAAUUGGUGCAAAAAGGGAGGGUUCUAGAUUCCUGGAGUACUGGGACGGUUUCUGGGGAAGGUAGGACCUGUACAAGUGGGUCGGUCUGCACCUGCAACUGAAUGGGACCUUGUGGGUGGGUUUGUUAAUGCUGCUGGGAGGAAUUUAAAUUAGUUUGGCGGAGGGAGAGAAUACAGCAUUAGUACAAUAGAGACAAAGCAUACUAUAGUAAAAGAACCAAGGCAGGAGUUCAGCCACGUUGAGUUUCCAGCAAUGUUGUUGGUACCACAGAGAUGUAGUGGAGGGAGGGGCAGAGUUGGCAUCUCAACAUUCUGGGGAAACGAUGUUCAAGCAGAAUAGGGGAGGAUGUAAAAGGGUAGUGUUGCAUUAUUAAUUAAGGAGUUAGUGACUACAAUAAGGAAGGACAACAUCUUGGAAGGGUCUUCGAAAAAGGCUUUGUGGAUCGAGCUUAAGAAUAAAAAUGGGAGUCACAUUUCUCGAUGUGUAAAAGUAAUAAUAACAGGGUAAUUAUAUUGGAGGAUUUCAACUUCCCUAACAUUAAUUUGAAUGAUCAUAGUGUAAUGAAUUUAGAGGGUGUGGAUUUAUUGACAUAUAUCCAGGAGAGCUCUUUAUGUCAACAUGUCAGAAGUCAAACAAGAGGUGAUGCAGUGCUGCAGCAAAUUCUGGGGAACAAAGCUGGACAUGUGGUCAAGGUGGCAGUGGGAGAGUAUUUUAAUAACAGCGAUGACUACACUACAUUUUAAGUUUGUUAUGGAAAGGAAAAAGAUGGUCUGCAAAAAAGGUUUGGGCUGAGGAAGGCAGGUUUUAAUUAAAAUAAGGCAGGAUCUGGCCAAAGUAGACUGGCAGCAGGAACUUGUAGGAAAAUCUAUUGCAGAACAGUGGGAGACAUUUCAAAAGGAAAUGGAAAAGGAAAUACUGACCCAUAACGUUCCCUUUAAGAUGAAACGUACCAGCAAAGAGGCCAGGGAACCCUGAAUGUCUAGGAAUAUUCAGUUAAAAAUCAGACAAUACCAGGUUAUAGUCCAACAGGUUUAAUUGGAAGCACACUAGCUUUCGGAGCGAUGCUCCUUCAUCAGGUGACUAUCCUGAUCCAGAUUUGUUGUAUUCCAGAUUGCUGUGGGAGGUGAGGGAGGAAAUUACAGGAGCUCUGUCCCAAAGCUGCUAGAGAUAAACCAGGGAAUUCCAAACCAACAACUCUCACAUCAAUUGCAAUUCAACUAUUGGAGAAAAUUCUGAAGAAAGUAAUUCAUUGAAAGUGCUGAGAGUGAUGAGCAAGGAAUUCUAAAGUACUGACCAUCAUGAUGAAGUAGUCAAUGGGAACAGAGAAAGCAUCCUUGGAUUGGAAACAUGGUACCCAUAUUGAAAUAGGAUGACAAAACAAGUUUGGGCAAUCUCAAACCCAACAGCCUUACUUCCAAUCCACACCAAAUAAAGACUGUGAGAAAUAACCUCUAUGUUGAUCUGUAUAGUAAUAUAUCAAUUAACUUGAACUUGGAAGAGGAAAAUCUGACCUCACCAAACUCAUCAACUCCUUCGAUAAAUUUUAACUAGAUUUUCUAUGAAAAGCAAUUAAUUUGUCCAUCAACCAACAUCAGAAAAACUGAUGCAUUGUUAAUUUUCCACAUGGCUGCCUGUCAGACCUUUAAAUGAGCUUAUAUUUGAAACAUUGACUCUCCUGCUCCUCGGAUGCUGCCUGACCGGCUGUGCUUUUCCAGCACCACACCUUUUGACUCAGAUCUCCAGCGUCUGCAGUCCUCACUUUCUCCUAGAUCUUUAAAUCAGACAGUUUAAUUCUGAUUGAUCAAGUCAUUACCUUGAUGAAUAAGCCAGAGAUUGGAUAUUGAGGCCCAGUUACCAAAUAUGUUUACGAAAGGACAAAUUGCUCAUGUCCCAUUUACUAAUUUGCUGAUAAGGCCUAUCUUAGAGCAUGCAAAAGUGUAAGAAUCCCAAAAGGUUUACUGACUUGGAAGGUAGGUUUGCAGUUGACAAUAGUAGAGAGGCUGCUGACUGAUUUCUCAACAAGGACAUCAACAAUAUUAUUCCAGAAAUCCUUGAAAAGUAAUUUAUUUGUUAUUAAGUAUUUUGAAACUGAGGUAUAUAUAUGUUUUUAAAUAUUUUUAUUGCAAACCAGAGUUCUUGGAACUCAAACUGAACCAUGUGUUUUUUUGUUUAGUGAAUAAUUUGCUUUAAAAAGUUACAACAGCCAUAAUUCCAAAUGAGAGAAAGUUACACAGAGUUUCUAGGGGACCAUCCAGUUGACUGGGGCAGGGGGAGGUGCUGGAGGAAGACAAGACUGAUCCAAACUUGACUUCCACAUUUACUCGCUGCUGGGAGGUUGUUCAAGAGUGAAGCAGGUAUCAAGCUCUGAACUGCUGAGAAGUCUUUCGAUGGAGGUACAUUUGCUGUAGUAGCAUUCCAAAGUAAAAGAGUUUAAAGUACUUACAUUAUUUUAGCAUACAAAGUUAGAAUGAAUCUCAUACCACAGUAUUGGGAUACAGGUGACAGUUGGGUAAAUAAGUGAGAUUAAGGUCUUGAAGUUUUAAAAGAAAAGAAGAAAAGAAAUCAAAGCUGUGUCAGAGAUAGGUCAGCACUUGAAAGAAGCUAGGUCAGAAGCAUAGUAAUGUGUUGCUGGAGAAGCGCAGCAGGUCA